AUGGCCUUGUUUCUUCGUCUUCUUUGCUUGGUAUCAUUCUUUAGCUUCUUUUCAUCAUCUCCUGCGACAGACACACUCACGCCUUCAGACCUGUUGAGAGACAAUCAAACCCUGGUCUCAUCUGGUGGACUUUUCGAGUUUGGCUUCUUCAGCGAAAGAGUUUCAGGCUACUAUUUGGGAAUUUGGUUCACAGCUGAUCCAAGCAACGUUGUUUGGGUUAGUAACCGCGACUAUCCCUUAUUAGAUUCAUCCGCCCUACUUCAAAUCCGGUCCGGGAAUUUGAUUCUCACGGACCGGCGACAAGUGCAGAGCAUAGUCAAUGCAGGAAAUGUCGCCACAACUAGUAAUACAAGUAUCAUAUGGCAAAGUUUUGACGCUCCAAGUGAUACUUAUCUUCCUGGGAUGAAACUUGGGUCGUUUAACCUAAACACAGGCCACCAUAGCCUUCACGUUGUUAAUUCUUGGGCAAGCCACCAAAACCCAGCUCCUGGCCUCUACACCUUAUCCAUCGAUUCCAGCGACCUUACAAAGCUUUCGGUUUGGCGAGGAGAUGGAGUCAAAAUGGUAGUCGCUUUCUUGGAUGGAUAUGAGUUCCGGUUUAUUUUUGAGAACUCAAACGGUAGUACUAACGACUACAACUUUAGCCUCCAGUUCAAUAGAAAUGAGGCCUUCUACACUUUCAGCAGCAGCAAGAAUUACGACGUCAUGUGGCUGGUGAUGAAUUCCACAGGAAACCUCGACCAGAAUUUUAUGUUGAAAGGCAAGAUUUAUUCUGUGAGUCAUCCUUUGUGUGCGGGUUCCAAUGGUGGUAAUAACGGGACGUGCUUGCCUUCAAUACCAUCCCAGUGUAGGGAUGGAGGUGCUUUUUCUGAGAUGAAUGGUUCGCUGCCAUCUACAUCUGCUGUUUCCGGUGGAAGUAUUGGGAUUUCUGAAUGCCAAACGUUGUGCCAGGUCAAUUGUUCUUGCACCGCAUUUGCUUCGGUUCAGAAUGAAUCAGUACGUCAACUUUAUUAUGGAAGUAAACAGAAUCUAUUGAAGAUCGUAAAGAAGGGGCCAGGGCUUAUUUACAUUCGGGAUGGUGCUCCAAGUGGCAAGAUCAACCCCGUGUUCAGAGUCUCGUAA